AUGUCUCGGCAAUCAGCUAAAAAGACUUCUCAUGUCUUCAAGGUCUCUGAAUCCUUGGAACUGACCCUAGACGUUAUCUCCAACGAAAUCAAUCCUCAGACGGCUGUGAUACAUUAUCAUGGAGGUUAUGUUGUUCUUGGACAUAAGGACAGCUGGAGUCCCAUAUGGCUUAUCGAAACCGCACUUCGUCGUGGAUGGGCGUAUGUCUCGCCUUCGUACCGCCUUCUUCCAGAAGCGAGCGGCAAAGACGUUCUCGACGACGCCUUGGACGCUGCAAAGUGGGUCAUCGAAAACCUCACGCCUCGCAUAAUCAUUGCAGGUUCUAGCGGCGGCGGCUAUCUCUCCGUGGCUACAGCGGCCCAACUUUACAGCCCACGGCCGAUAGCCGUGCUCUCGGUUUACGGGAUGCUCGACUUCACCAUCCCACCCUAUACCACCCUUGGGUCGACCUCCGGACAGGCGCCCCCCUUACCAGAUUGCGACAUUGUUGAGCAGCGAAUCCUGGAGCUCAGGGGAAAACCUCCGGUCAUCUCACACGAGCCAAUCGACUUUCUCACUGAUGAGAGAGUGAUUUUGAUUAGGGGCAUUCACCAGGCGGCCCUAUACCCGGAUCUCCUUACUGGCGAGCUCGGCCUGUCAGCUAAGAUCAGAGAGCAUGGGUUGAAAGCGAUUUCUCCGUCCGACUAUCGCUUCUUCCCUGUGGCUUUCGGUCUGACGAAAGAUUUUCCUCCUACUGCUUUGCUGCAUGGACUGGCAGACGACUCUGUAUUUCCUGUGCAGAGCAUUAAUGCAGAGAAGAAGUUGAAGGAUCUAGGGAUUGAGGUGAUUCUUGAAACAGUGGAGGGAAAGGGUCAUGGAUUCGACCUCGGUGACAUUCCGCCUGGAACGGACAUCGAGGCCAAGGAGACGGCAUCGACCCCAGUGAUUGACAGCAUCAGGCGUAUCAUCGACUUCCUUGAUAAGGCGGCCGCCUUCAAGUAA